AUGGCCAUGAAGCUCUCGCCCGCGCUCAAGGCGCUCAUCCACGCGCCCGCCGCCCGUCCGGGGCCAUGUCCCGCGCCGCCCGGCAUCCGCGGCGUGUACUUGCGGAUCGCGCACGACGCCAGGACUUACAACCUCGGGCCGCGGCCCUGGCUCGUCCUCUCCGCCGCUGCCACAUUUACGCUCAACUCGCCCGACUCGCUCCCCGCGCUGCACGCCGUCGCCAGCACCAGCAGCUCGCCGGUCGCCGCCGCGGAGCUGAUGCGCGAAGUCGGGCUCAAGUGCAUCUCGUUCAACGGCAUCCCGCGGACCAUCAACUGUCUGAACGCGUUCCACGACUCUCUCGACCCGUCCGUCGCCGCGGCGCUGCGCACCACGCCGAUCCGCACCGCCAGCCCGCUGCCCCGCGGCAAAGCGCUCUGGGACUCGGUGUACGCCCCGUUCGAGACGGCGCUGUACGACAAGCUCGCGCGCGCGCACCCGGACCUGCCGGUGCACAUUUUGCAGAGCCACUACGCGGCGCUGCUGGCGGAUCCGCCGGGGGGGUUGCUGGGCAGGGUGCUGACGAGCGUCGUCGCCGUGGCGUGUUUGCGCGCGCAGACGGGGGUUGCGCCGCAGGUGCUGUCGCACGUGUUUGGUUUGCGCAAGGCGCUUGCCGACGGCACGUAUGAGCAGGACGGCUGGCAGGGCGCCGAGCUCGAGGGCGUGCGCUGGCUGGCGGGCGAUGAGGGCUGCGCGUGGCUGCUCAGGUCCGUCGACGACAUCGCGGCGGCGCUGGGCGGGAGUAAUUUUGCGCGGCCGCCGGAGGCGAAGCUGUAG